AUGGGUAAUUAUGAAGAUCGCAAAAAGAAUGGAGAUCCUAUUCUUAACAAUAAUUUAGCACGGGAUGAGACACUUUAUUACAGGAAUGAAAAACCUGGAUACAACUUUGAUAAAUCAUGGUUAUUUUAUCCAGAUGUCUACUGGGUAACUCAUUGGGAGAGCAACAAACUUAAAAGUGGGAAAGAUCCACUUCCCGACGAUUAUGAUUUGUGGGUGCAUGUGUACGAUGCUCCGUAA